CCAGAUGUGGGGACCAUCUGUGAAGAUGGAAGCGGAGGUCUCUGAGGAGGAAGGGUCUCCUUUGGAGGAAGAGCAGAAGGCGCAGGCCCAGGAGCGUGCCCAAGAGGCCCUCUCACAUGGCAGUGAAGAGAUGAUGUUGAGCCAUCGUCUUUGUGGAGGAGUGGAAAUGGCUGCUGCCCCUGCAGUCCAGGGUCCUUUUUCCUUUGAAGAGGUGGCUGUGUUUUUCACCGAGGCUGAAUGGGCCCUGCUGGAUCCAGACCAAAGAGGUCUCUACAGGGAAGUCAUGCUGGAGAACUACGGGAAUGUGGCCUCUCUGGAAAGCAGGGAUGUACAGGAGGCUGCAGUGGAGACAGACAAAGGGCUGGAGAGUCUCUCAAGAGGAUCUCAACAAAAUAUUCCCUUCCCAAGUGAGCUGGCUGCAACAGGAGAUGUUGAGGAGUCAGUUGGGGAAUUUCACGGGUUCUCACUGGAAAAAGCCAAGAUUGAACAGGCUGAAGGAAACUUCGAGAAUAGAGAUGAACCACAGAGGCAGGAAGGAAACCGCACACUGAAAAGGGGGGUUAAGACCAUUCCUCGCCAAGGAAGCAGGUUCCAUGAAAUCCCUGUCUCCAGCCGUCACCAACGGACUCUUUCAGGAAUGAAACUGUUAAUCUGUUCAGAGAAAGGAAUGACAUUCUCCGGUCAAAGGAAGGCAUAUAAAUGCCGUUAUUGUGGAAAGUACUUCAGAUACAGAACACAGCUUUUGGUACACCAAAGAAUACACACAGUACAGAAACACAUUGAAUUCUCAGAGCGUAGAAAGCAGUUCAGUAUGAAUUCCAGUGUACAAAAGCACCAAAGAACCCACAUAGGGAAGAAGACUUUUCAAUGCUCAGAGUGUGGAAAGAGAUUCAGUCAGUGUAGCAGUCUUCAGCAGCAUCUUCGAACCCACACAGGGGAGAAACCUUUUGAAUGCUCAGAGUGUGGAAAGAGAUUUAGUGCGAAUUCCAGUCUUCAGUAUCAUCAGACAACCCACACAGGGGAGAAACCUUUUGAAUGCUCAGAGUGUGGAAAGAGAUUCAGUCGGUGUGGCCAUCUUCAGCAGCAUCAGAGAACCCACACAGGGGAGAAACCUUUUGAAUGCUCAGAGUGUGGAAAGAGAUUCAGUUUGAGUGCCACUCUUCAGCAGCAUCAGAGAACUCACACUGGGGAGAAACCUUUUGAAUGCUCAGAGUGUGGAAAGAGAUUCAGCCGGAGUGGCUAUCUUCAAAAGCAUAAGAGAACCCACACAGGGGAGAAACCUUUUGAAUGCUCAGAGUGUGGAAAGAGAUUCAGUCAGUGUUACAUUCUUCAAAAGCAUCUAAGAACCCACACAGGGGAGAAACCGUUUGAAUGCUCAGAGUGUGGGAAGACAUUCAGUCAGUGUGGCCAUCUUAAGUAUCAUCAAAGAACCCACACAGGGGAGAAACCGUUUGAAUGCUCAGAGUGUGGAAAGAGAUUCAGUGCAAAUUAUGGUCUUCAACAGCAUAAGAGAACCCACACAGGGGAGAAACCGUUUGAAUGCUCAGAGUGUGGAAAGAGAUUCAGUGCAAAUGAUGGUCUUCAGUAUCAUCAGAGAACCCACACAGGGGAGAAACCGUUUGAAUGCUCAGAGUGUGGAAAAAGAUUCAGUGUGAAUUCCAAUUUUCAGUAUCAUCUAAGAACCCACACAGGGGAGAAACCUUUUGAAUGCACAGAGUGUGGAAAGAGAUUCAAUAGGAGUAGCACUCUUCAGAGGCAUCAGAGAACACACACAGGGGAGAAACCUUUUGAAUGCUCAGAGUGUGGAAAGAGAUUCAGUUGGAGUGGCACUCUUCAGCAGCAUCAGAGUACCCACACUGGGGAGAAACCUUUUGUAUGCUCAGAGUGUGGAAAGAGAUUUGGUGUGAAUUCCAGUCUUCAAAAGCAUCUAAGAACCCACACAGGGGAGAAACCAUUUGAAUGCUCACAGUGUGGAAAGAGAUUCAGUCAGAGUUCCAGUCUUCAGCAGCAUCAGAGAACCCACACUGGGGAGAAACCUUUUGAAUGCUUUGAGUGUGGAAAGAGAUUUAGUAACAGUGGCAAUCUUCAAAGGCAUCAAAGAUCCCACACAAGGAAGAAGACUUUUGAAUGCUCAGCGUGUGGAAAGAGAUUCAGUGUGAGUUCCAGUCUUCAAAAGCAUCAGAGAACCCACACUAAGGGAGAAACGUUUUAAAGCUUAGAGUGUUGAAAACGAUUCUAUGUGAGUUCCAGCCUUCAACUGCACUGAAGAAUGCAGUCAAGAGAGAAAACAUUUGAAUGCUCAGAGUUUUAAUUGUAGCGACCUUCUUUACCAGCGUCUAAGAAUACAUACAGGGGAUAUACAUUUUAAAUGCUCAGGGUAUGGGAAGAUAUUCAGUUUGAUAGCCAGUCUUCAAAAGCAUUUGAAUGCUCAAAUGGGGAAAUCACCCAAACACAUAAAGCAGACUGCAUUCCAGGCUCUCUGUUGCUGGUCCCGCCAGCUGUCUUCUAGAGGUGCAUUGCCUAUUGGCAAGUUUUGCAGGUUCUGGGAAGCAAGUAAGCAGGGUCUGGAGCUGGAGAAAGCAAGCGAUGAGUGUGUCUCUGCUUCAGAAUGGGUCAUUGGAGCGUCGCUGCGCUGACAUCCCUUCUUUCCAUCUGCCAGGCCCUAGGUACAGUUUGUCACCCUUGAAUCCUCUCUUGUUGGUGUGUUCCUUGUGAAUCAUUCAUUGCUCGCUUUCACAAGGCUGUAGGCGAGGCCCCCCUGCUUUCAGUGUGCUGCCGCAGAGAUAGAUUGUAAAGAGGCUGUGGUCGAGAUGUGGCAUUUGCCCCUCCCUUCCAGCUCCCUUUGAUCUCAGCCACUGAGAAGGCAAACAGGGUUUUACAAGAAAUCUUUUAAAAGGCAUCUGGCCAAAUACAGAUGUUUUACAACAAUCCUUAAAAGGACAUCUGUGCUGUUCCAGGGUGUAACGGAGAUCCCCCUAUUUUUCAUUUAUAUGGACAUCGUGAUCACUGGUUUCUUCCUGGACUGUUCCUUCCUCCCUCCUUUAAGUAAGGAGCACCAGAGGUGGCACAAGGCUGUGCUCGUCCAUAUCUUCUUGUUGUAAGAACAUCUGAACCAGGUAGUAUACCCUGUUUGUCUACGCUCGUGUUUACCCCUGUCUAUUUCAACCCUAUUUACUUGGGCCUGUAUGAAUAUUCUAUGAUUUUAUACCCUUGUUAUUUGCUUGUAUUUUAUAGUAAAACUCAUUUUAUUAU